AGUCAUCAGCCUCAGUCACUUCUCUCCUUCGAUUCCACCUGCCUACAACACUUUCAUUGUCACUGAACACUCAUUUCCAAACUUCUCCAAACUUCAGUAAGAAACCUCACUUUGCGUGUCAAGCUCAGACUCCAUUGCCACUCUCACCAUGUAUUCUUCUCUACCUCACGAUGAUGGCGCCUCCUCCCGCCCGUCGACAUCCUCUUCGAUGUCGAUGUUCGGCUCCUCGGCAGCGACUAGUCAAGGCUCAGAGCAUGCCCUCAAUGCCAGAGCGCCUGGCUCCACUGGCAGCUUCAUCCUCGUAACCGGUGGUCUUGGUUACAUUGGAUCCCACACUUCUCUGGAGCUGCUAAAGGCCGGCUACAAUGUCAUCAUCGUCGAUGAUCUCAGCAACAGCUUCCACAGCGUCUUCACUCGCGUUCAGCAGCUCGCAGAGAAAUAUUGUCACGAGAAGAACCGCAUCAUGCCUGUGUUGCACUUCCACAAGGUUGACUACCGCAGCAAGUCCAUGCGCUUUUUGCUGGAGUCCUACUCAGACUUUGUUCCGGGUCCUACAACGACAACUGAGACGCCUGAAUUGAGACGACAAUCACGAAUUGCUGGCGUCAUUCAUUUUGCUGCCUUCAAGUCUGUCACUGACUCAAUUGAGAACCCCGUUUCCUAUUAUCGCAACAAUGUAUCCGGUCUCGUUGAUCUGGUUGAGCUUCUUGGAAAGCAUAACAUUCGAAACUUUGUCUUUUCGUCCUCUGCUACCGUUUACGGUACUAAGGCUGAUGAAGGAUUCCCUCUCAAGGAGGAAGACCUCGUGCAUCACCCUGAAAAUUACAUCGAUGCCAACGGUCAGGAGCAGGUAAGGAUGCCACAGGCUACUGGACUGCUCAGCCCAUAUGCUCGGUCCAAGUACUUCUGCGAAGCCAUCCUCGCCGACAUCGCCCAUUCAGACCCUGCUUGGCGAAUUAUUGCCCUCCGUUAUUUCAACCCCAUCGGAUGUGAUGUAUCUGGAGUUCUUGGCGAGGAUCCCAAGGGCGUGCCAACGAACCUCUUCCCUGUCAUUACGCAAGUUUUGACCGGACAGCGCGAGCAACUAGACAUUUUCGGAUCCGAUUGGGAUACACGCGAUGGCACUGCUAUCCGUGAUUUCAUUCACGUUUCUGAUCUAGCUAGAGGACACAUUGCUGCCGUAGGCGCUUCCAUCAAGGAGCCCUUCCGCACCUUCAACCUCGGCACUGGAAAUGGUACCACUGUCAGAGAGGCUGUCGAUAGCCUCGAAGCGGCCUCAGGAAGGAACAUCCCCGUGAACAUGGCCCCCAGAAGGGAAGGUGACGUUGGAUCAUGCGUCGCAGCCAACGCGCGAGCAGUCAAGGAACUUGGCUGGACAGCGACAGAGAGCAUCAACCAGUGUGCUACUGACCUGUGGAACUUCGUGUCUAAGACGCAUGAAACUUAGAUGUUUGAAUAUUCUUUGUACACUGUGUCUUACUUCUAUUGGGUCGGCGUUUUCUAUAGUUGAGAUUGAUGCGACAAUUUCUUUUCCUUCCUUGGUUGGAGUUACAUUGAAGAACUUAGAUCAAACCCCAGGUAUGGGUAGCGUGGAACAAGAUUGGGCCAAGAUGGAGGGGGAAAAAAUGAGGAACGGACUUCACAGUCGUUUACGGAAGAGUCAGUAUUGUACAUUGUACUACCCAAAUUGAAAGUAAUAUACUCUGUUGUAUCUCUCAUAUUCACUCUUCCUGUAUCUGCUCGCAUAAGUGAACAUGUGCCAUUGACAUGAUCAAAUUAACGUCAUCAAACAGCUAACCAGCACACUUC